UGCAAUGGCGGUGAAUGUAGUCCAGGAUGAGCACAGUAGGUUAACACCAAUACCAUCCUCCCUGUCUUGACCUAUCUCACCCUCAUUACUGUGAAGUAAUUCAAUCCCAAUCCCAUUUUUGUUUAUUUUUAUCCCUCCACAAACCACAAAAAUAAACUAUCUCUCUCUCACACUGCUUCCCCACGAAGUUAACAAAAAAAGAAAAAGAAAAAAGAAAACAAUAGAAGGGUAGAGACUCACAUGCCUUCUUCAGGGUUUCCUCCCUCUUCUCUCAUGUUUGCCCACCCGAAUUCUCCGCUUCUUUCCAUCAAUUUUGUAUCUCUUCUAUAACAUGUUGAAGCUUCAUUGACCCUUUAUUGAAUGCAGUUACCUUAUGAAAAGCUAACUGAUUUAAUCUACCAAAAAGCUUCAAUCUUUCAGGGUUUACUGUUAAAAACUCAAAUAAGUCCCAGCAACCCAGGUUUGAUUAGCCAUUGAUUUUAUUGCCUAUAGUGCAUUCAUGACCUUAAUGAUUAUUACAAAAUUUCUAUCUUUUCUGAUUUAUAUAAGCAAUUCAGCAUUAUGCAUUUACUUGUUUGUGGACUAAAUUUCCGAAGUGAGAAAUUGGUGCUUUUGUGCUUUGAAUUUCAAGUUUAAAGGAUUUAUGUCAAUGGGUUCUCGCCUGUUUCUUCAAUACUUAUAGGGUUGAGGUGUGUGACUUGAUCGAGAUAUGAAUCGUAGGGUGCGGCAGAAAGUGGCGAAGAAGAGUAAGGAAAAGGUGGAAUUACCUAGUAACCCUGAAAUUGGAGAUGCGGGUUUGUGUCCUGAUAGUAACGAGGAUGUUGAUUGGACUAGCUUGCCAGAUGAUACUGUGAUUCAGUUAUUUUCCUGUUUGAAUUAUCGUGACCGCGCAAGCUUGUCAUCGACGUGCAAGACAUGGAGGGUUUUAGGUCUUUCUUCGUGCUUGUGGAUUUCAUUGGAUCUUCGCGCCCACAAAUGCGAUCCUGGAAUGGCGGUUUCACUUGCUUCUAGGUGUGUGAAUCUUCAGAAGAUUCGGUUUCGUGGAGCAGAGUCUGCUGAUGCAAUAAUACAUCUUCAAGCAAGGAAUUUACGUGAAAUAAGUGGUGAUUACUGUAGGAAAAUAACAGAUGCAACUCUUUCUAUGAUUGUUGCUCGGCAUGAGGCCCUUGAAACCCUCCAACUUGGACCAGACUUCUGUGAGAAGGUAAGUAGUGAUGCUAUUAAAGCAAUAGCCUUUUGCUGUCCCAAACUAAAGAAACUUCGGCUCUCUGGAUUAAGGGAUGUCUCUGCUGAUGUCAUCAAUGCUUUAGCUAAGCAUUGUCCAAAUCUGAUUGAUAUUGGGUUCUUGGACUGUCUAAAGGUUGAUGAGGCAGCAUUGGGGAAUGUAGUAUCUGUUCAUUUCCUCUCAGUUGCUGGGACAUCAAAUAUGAAGUGGGGCGUGGUCUCACAUCUUUGGCAUAAGCUGCCUAAAUUGAUCGGGUUGGAUGUUUCAAGAACUGAUAUUGAUCCAAGUGCAGUUUCUAGACUAUUAUCAUUAUCACCUAGCUUGAAGGUUUUGUGUGCAAUGAAUUGCCCAGUUCUUGAAGAAGACAAUGCCUUUAGUGUGAAUAAAUACAAAGGAAAAUUGUUACUUGCCCUUUUCAAUGACAUUUUUAAAGGACUAGCUUCUUUAUUUGCCGAUAUUACAAAGAUGGGGAAAAAUGUUCUUUUGGAGUGGAGGAAUUUAAAGACCAAGGACAAGAACGUCGAUGAAAUCAUGAGUUGGCUUGAAUGGAUUCUAUCCCAUACCCUUUUGCGCACUGCUGAGAGCAAUCCACAAGGUUUGGAUGUUUUCUGGCUCAAGCUAGGCGCACCAAUAUUACUCAGUUUAAUGCAGAGCUCACAGGAAGAAGUUCAAGAAAGGGCGGCCACAGGACUUGCAACGUUUGUGGUCAUUGAUGAUGAAAAUGCUAGCAUAGAUUGUGGAAGGGCCGAGGCAGUUAUGCGAGAUGGUGGCAUACGUCUUCUUCUAAACCUUGCAAAAUCUUGGAGGGAAGGUCUUCAGUCAGAGGCUGCUAAGGCAAUAGCAAACUUGUCCGUGAAUGCAAAUGUAGCAAAAGCUGUUGCAGAAGAAGGAGGAAUUGAAAUCCUUGCCGGGCUGGCAAGGUCCAUGAACAGGCUGGUUGCCGAAGAGGCUGCUGGAGGGCUUUGGAAUCUUUCAGUCGGAGAAGAGCACAAGGGUGCCAUUGCUGAGGCUGGUGGCGUCAAAGCUCUGGUUGACCUUAUAUUCAAAUGGUCCUCUGGUAGUGAUGGAGUUCUGGAACGUGCAGCCGGUGCUUUGGCAAAUUUGGCAGCUGAUGACAAGUGUAGCAUGGAGGUUGCACUGGCAGGUGGUGUGCAUGCUUUGGUGAUGCUUGCUCGAAAUUGCAAGUUUGAGGGAGUACAAGAGCAGGCUGCUCGUGCGUUAGCUAACUUGGCUGCUCAUGGAGAUAGCAAUUCUAACAAUGCUGCUGUUGGACAAGAAGCAGGUGCUCUUGAAGCCCUUGUUCAACUCACACGUUCGCUCCAUGAAGGUGUCAGGCAGGAAGCUGCUGGUGCAUUAUGGAACUUAUCAUUCGAUGACAGAAACCGAGAAGCAAUUGCAGCAGCUGGUGGUGUUGAGGCCUUGGUCGCCCUUGCACAAUCUUGUGCAAAUGCCUCUCCAGGUCUUCAAGAGAGGGCUGCUGGAGCUCUCUGGGGAUUGUCAGUGUCAGAAGCCAACAGCCUACCCGUAUGGAAGUUUCCUCGCACUUGUUGUAUGGGGAAUUCCUCAAACCAGAUAAUUCUAUCUUUUUUGAGCCGUGAAAGCAUUGCUAUUGGACAAGAAGGAGGUGUGGCGCCUCUGAUUGCUCUGGCACGCUCUGAGGCUGAGGAUGUUCAUGAAACUGCUGCAGGAGCUCUCUGGAAUCUUGCUUUUAAUCGAGGUAAUGCUCUUCGUAUAGUGGAGGAAGGGGGGGUUCCUGCGCUUGUUGAUCUAUGUUCUUCAUCAGUAUCAAAAAUGGCUCGCUUCAUGGCUGCAUUAGCAUUGGCCUAUAUGUUUGAUGGGAGAAUGGAUGAAUUUGCAUUAAUAGGAACUUCAACAGAAAGCAUUUCAAAGAGCGUGAAUUUAGAUGGAGCUAGAAGGAUGGCUUUGAAGCACAUUGAGGCCUUUGUCCUUACAUUUACUGAUCCGCAAGCAUUUGCCACUGCUGCUGCAUCAUCAGCUCCAGCAGCAUUAGCACAAGUAACUGAGAGAGCUCGUAUUCAAGAAGCAGGACAUCUGCGAUGCAGUGUAGCUGAAAUUGGAAGAUUUGUUGCCAUGCUACGGAAUCCUUCUUCUAUACUAAAGGCAUGUGCUGCAUUCGCUCUUCUCCAGUUUACCAUUCCUGGUGGACGGCAUGCUUUGCACCAUGCGAGUCUCAUGCAGAGUGCUGGAGCUGCACGGGUCCUGCGAGCUGCAGCUGCUGCAGCAACUGCACCACUUGAAGCCAAAAUCUUUGCAAGAAUUGUGCUGCGCAAUCUUGAGUUCCACCAUAUAGAAUCUUCAAUAUGAAGGCAGUCUUAGUUUAGCUGAUGGAAGCUAACAGACAUCGAGUUCCAAGCUUCCUUUCUUACCCAGUGGAAUAGAAUGCAGUCUGCUUAGUAUAAUUCUCUUUCUUUCCCUGCAUUUUUUUUAGGUAUUUAGAGGUGGUUUAGUUGAGUUUCAGUGAUUUUUGACCCCCUAUGUAACAAUUCCUUGUAGUUAUAUUGUAAGCACUUUUGGCUGGGGUUUGAUCUAGAAACAAGUACAUAAACAUUUUUUUCUCCAAUAGUAUUCAUUGCGACAUAUUUUCCAUA